ACGCAAUAAGCGUACCGUCAAAGGGGUCGUCGUCGGAUGCAAUCGGACGUUACGGCGGAGCGCGCAGGCUAGACGUGAGCGUCGCGACGACGGACACCGUUUACCACCAGCGUCAGUAUUCGUACGCUUACGACGCCUAAAAGACGUGCGAUAUUACAGCGUCGGUGGUAGCUACUAUGUGACGACGCGUACCAUCUACUUAUUAUCACCAUCCCCCGAGUAAUGUUAAUACGAUGGACCGCCACCUUUCAGUUAUUUUCGUUAUGAGCGUUGGCGUAUUGUGCGUGGGCCAAUGUUUCGUUCUCUGCGCCCAUCAUCAGCGGUUCCUCGUCGAGCCGAUACUUAAUUCGAGUUACAGUGUCAAAUGUAAUAACGGGAACGCAACGGCGUGCGUCCAUGUAAACAUUUCAGACUUGGGAGACUCGUUGGGACCGUUGAAUGUAUGCCAUUUGUCAGUGCGAGGAAUAACCGAACUGUCGAGUUUCAAUUUCGAAACGCUGAACCGAUUGCAAUCGCUCGACUUAUCGCGAAAUGCGAUCGCAACGCUCGCGAACUCGAACAGUAGUUUCAAUCUAGAAAGCUUAAAAGCCCUGGAUUUGUCAUUUAACCGAAUCGAAGUGAUCGAAGACGCGCCGUUCAGGACGUUACCCUCACUGAAAGUGCUCAAUCUUGGUGCCAACAUGAUAGAUACCGUUAGUGUAAACGCUUUCGUGGGUCUUGGCGAACUGCAGUCGCUCGAUCUGUCGAGAAAUCGACUUCGCGCGGUGAGUUUCCACUGUUUCACUCCGCUUAGAGCGUUACAAAGUCUGAACUUUAGCCGCAACUCACUCAGCGUCGCGGACAAUAGUCAUUUCAACGACUUGCAGAAACUACAGCAGCUCGAUUUGUCGUGGAACAAUUUGACUCGGGUGGAUCCCGGCAGUAUGCAGUUUCCGAAUUUGCUUUUUCUCCUUCUGGUCGGAAAUCCUGCGUUGGGAGGCUCAUACGAAUUGUAUCUGGGACCCGGUAAGCUCCUACAGAACGUGGACGUGUCCGAAUGUGGUUUGGCACGUGUCCCUUCGGCUUUAACCCAAACGAUAAGGAUCCUUCGUUUACGCCAUAAUUCCCUCAAAACUAUAAGCCGUGGUGAUUUCGAUUCGUAUCCCUUGAUUCAGGUGCUCGACCUCUCGUACAAUUUUUUAGAAACAAUAGAAGAGGACGCUUUUGGACGACUAGAUCUUCUAAGAAUCCUUUACUUGACGAGCAAUAAGCUAAAUCAUGUACCGUACAGUCUUCCAGUUGAGUUGAACACUCUCCACAUGGAAUACAAUGAAUUAAAGACAAUCGCCAAAGAUGAAUUCGCUGCUCUAGGAUCCCUAGAAGUAUUACUUAUAAAUGACAAUAAUAUCGAAACAGUUGAACUUUCAGCAUUCAGUCCUUUAACUAGUUUAAUCACUUUGGAUUUAUCUAGGAACCCUAUCAGUUCACUACCGGCUGUUUUAUUAUCUAGUAUGGGUAAGCUUCAGACAUUAAGGCUUUCCAAUUUGGAUGCUUAUUUUGAUCCAGACACAACAGGUCUAACAAUAUUGGAUCAUUUAGCAGUGCUUGAUAUCUCUGGAAGUCCGAAAUUAGCCAAGCAAUUUCUAAACAACACGGUCUUCUUGUUUUCUGCGGGCGAAAUUCAAAAGAUUGACCUUAGAGGUACAGAACUGACCCACGUAAGGAACGACUUACUAGCAUUGUUACCUUCGCUGCACACAUUGCUUCUGCAAGACAAUCCUUUAAACUGUUCAGAUCUUUAUUGGCUCGCGUCCUGGCUGAGGAGACAGGACUCGUUAGAGAAUCGCAUGAUUCUUUGCGACAGCCCGUUGGAACUAAAGAACGUGCCGCUUAUAGAUUUACAAAAAAUAGUUAAUCUUAGCAAUAGCGAACCAUCAAAAACCAAGAAACUGAACAGAACAAAAGCAAAGAACAAAAAGACUACGCAGCCGAAUGCGACAUUAACAGACAACAAAGCAGACGUGUCGAUUAGAAAUAAUUGUAGCCAUCAGCAGUUUGCAAAAAAGGAACCGGCAGCUAAUGAAGUGUCAUAUGCAGACAAUAGAACCAAUUUGCUAUCUGACAAGUCCGCGUCUUUAGAAAAAUGUGCCGAGCCGGCGAAACUUCAUAAAGACAAAGAAGAGACACGUUCCGAGGAAACGAAGGGACACGCGAAAGCCCUGCGGGAUAAUAGCAGUCCAUUUACCGAACAAAAUGCAAAUAAUUUGCGUCAAACGGCUCACGAUAAUCUUGCGGCCGAAAUUGCUCCAUUUACGCUAAUGAACUCGAGGAAGGGUGUUCCAGGAACACAAAUUACUCCCCGGGAAUGGGGUAAAGGAAGCCCGGAGCACGAUAUUACGCCCGGGUUUCGAAGGCUUAAUGGAGACAAUUCUCAUGCACCUGACCCAUCCGGUGCAACAACAAAGAAGGACCUUUCCAGACCCAAAUAUAAAAUAAACAAACAAAAACUUCCACAGGAAACUCAACGUGUGCCAAAUGCUACAAAUUUAAUUCGGAACGCGACAAAAGAGGAAACGAACGGUAGAAACGAUUCUGCCAAAAGAUUACAAGAAAAUUUAUCGAAUGGAGGACACAAUAAAUCAGCGGACGGGAUGGCUUUGGCUAUGACGGUAGAGAAAAGAGGAAUCGCCGAAGAAAAUAUAGGUUUCAGGGGUCAUGUGGCAUUGUUGGCGUUCGUGUUUGUGAUCGUGAACGCGCUGGUUGUGAUAGGCACCAUUGUAUUUCGAACACGGUUUUACAGGAAUCAGCGGUCGUCUUCUAGGGAUGAAAUCGAAGUAACCAAUUUACCAGGAAUAACUGACCUCUGGUGACAUAUGAGGAGCUCAGAAGAAGAUCAAACGAUGUUAAGUGACAGUUUACUAUAAAGGAGUUCUGGAGUCCAAAAGUUUACGAAAAAAGAAGUUUUUAAACGAAGAAAUCAAUCAAUAAAUAAAUUAAUUUGAGUAUGAGAUGUCCCAUGAUCCCAAAAAUGUAUGAUAACAAAAUACAAUAACGAAUUUGUUAUUUAAUAUGUUAAUUACAUUACAAAAAUACGUUUUUAGAAGUUGAAAAUUUGGAUAAUAAUUUCAAUUUCCUUAUGAUUUGUCGACAUUGAAACUACACUGUAGAUGUACCUAAUAAAAUCUUAGACAAUAAAUGUUUCAAUUUAAUGCAUUUGAAUGUAAAAAUGUUAUAUGGUUUGUAAAUUUGUAAAAGAAAUCACAAACUUUCUUAAAUUUAUUGAAGGUGAAGACUUAACUAAUACAAUAAGUAAUAUUAAUUCUUGUAAUCGUUUUACUAUUUCAAUUGUUAUGUUCUGCUACAAGGAAUUUUAUAAAUUGAUCUCGAAUUUAAAAAGGUAGAGAUGUAAUUUUCAACAAUUGAUAUACACCUAAAAAGCAUUUCUUUUUCUCUCAGUCCCUUAAUAAUGAAGGAUGCUUGAAGUAAUUUCAGUGUCAUAUUCUAAUAACAUAUGCAUAUUUACUAUAAAAUGUUGUUGCUCACCGGGCAAAAAUAUUUGUACAAUUUUUGUUACUUGUUAGAUAGAUAUGUUCGUAAAAAAGUUUAGUGGAAUUUUCUGUAUACUUUUGGACAAAAAAUUGAGACAACAAUUUUUGUGAUAAAACUUAUUUUUGUGUAUUGUAUGAUAAUAUUCAAUGUAAAUAAAUGAAAAA